AAAAAAAAAACUUUUUCUAACAUCAUCCGCCAAACAAGUUGUAAACGCUUCUGAAGGAGACACAAAAGAAACAAAACCUUGGUUGGAUUGAUCGUCAAUAUCUGAGGCAUUUCGGAGCGAGUGUGUCAAGGGAAUUGGAUGGGAUUCUGUGUGGCAGGAUCGUUGGAUUCAAAUGUUAAUAUUAUGCUGAGACCUAGAGUGCGUAGCUCUUCUAAUGAAGCAAGAAUCAGGUCCCCUUCUUCAUUCUGCAUAGCACCGAAUUUUGAUAGCGUUAGUUUCAAGCACUCUCAAAAGCAAAAUCAUAAGGCCAUUCAAACAAGACUUUUUCUGUGCAAGCAAGACUCAGUUGAGUUUGAUGAGAGGAAGAGCCCAAAUGAGGUUAGAGAAGAGAUCAAACGAUGUUACGAACUCAUAAACAGAUUGGGUAGAGGAGUUGUGUAUUUGGGAUCUUCAAGGAUGGGGCCUGGCCAUUCCCAUUAUGUGCAAGCACAGGAGCUGUCUAAAGAGAUAGCAAAUCUUUUGGAUUGCACUUCAUGGUCAGGGGCUGGACCAGGGUUAAUGGAUGCAGUUACUCAAGGUGCUCUGCAAGCAGGAAAACCAGUUGGCGGAUUCAAGAUUGGAAAAGAAGCUGGGGAAUGGACUGCAUCCAACUACCAUCCAUACUUGCCAUCAGAAAAUUACCUCACUUGCAGGUUUUUCUCUGCAAGGAAACAUGGGCUGGUGGAUGUUGUAGUAAGGAAUAAUUCACUCGAUAAGACUGCUGUUGUUGCUCUUCCCGGUGGGAUUGGUACUCUUGAUGAGGUGUUUGAGAUAAUGGCGUUGAUUCAGCUCGAACGGAUUGGAUCAGAGCUUCCUGUUCCGUUCAUUUUGAUGAAUUAUGAUUCAUUUUAUUCGAAGCUGCUUGACUUUCUUGAUGUUUGUGAGGAUUGGGGUACGGUUUCUAAGGGAGAAGUUUCAUCAUUAUGGAAGGUUUGUAACAGCAACUCUGAGGCUUUGGCUUACCUGGUGGAUUUCUACGGCUUUUCUUCCAGCAACAAAAGUAAUAAUUUAACGAAAUUGCAUAGCACAGUUGAAUCAUCCUCCACAUAGCACCUUUUUUCCCUCUUUUCUUCCUUUAAGUGAUUCCUUCCUUCUUCUCAACAUAGCUCGAUCAUCAAAACAUUCUGGUAAGUUGUUGUAAUAUUACUUAGCCAUACUAUUGUUGUCACCCCAAGUUCUUACAAAAUAUCUUCACAUUCAUCUGUAGUGUAAAAGUUGUAUUUGAAUAAAGUGUCUAUUGACUA